GUUCUAAAAUGGGGAAUUUUGCAUCAAUUCCAGUUUACGUAGAACCAAUCGAAGGUUGGAAGGAGACGGCGAUUAUAAUUUCUCAAACUCGCCCAACUCCACAGGAAAAGAAGUUAGACCCCGUCUCAAAACUGAUUCAGGUGAAAGUGACACCGAAUGAAAAUGUUUUAAAUGAACUAGCAUUAUCAUUGGGCGAACAACUUUUACACACAUUUCCUGUAAGACCGUACCUGGAAGAAGAACUGUCCCAAACAUCUUAUGAAUUUACUGCAAACGCUUCAUUAUUUAGAGUGAACAUAGCGGAUAACUUUUCAAUCACCAAAAUUAACUCAGUGCAUAAUAUUUUUAACUCCCUGCAUUGCCGACUAGCAAAAGAAAAGUAUGAUACAGUUUACAAAGAAGGAUAUGACGAAACUUUCAUGUUUCACGGAACAAAACAGGAUUUUUUAGACGGAAUUUGCACUUUCAACUUCGACAGAUCUAAGAUAAGAAAGCACAAGUUCGGCUGUGGAAUUUCAUUCGCCACGAAACCUUUCUAUGCGACGCGAUACCAUCAUGAUAACAAAAGGAGACUAAACAAAGUAAUGAUAAUAGCAAAGGUACUUGUAGGACAUACAUUCGAGAUAGGAAACCAGACAAUGACCAUUCCGAAGAAAAUGUGCUACACCUCAAAAAACUUUCCUCAAACGGUCAUUGUCAAAUACGACGAUCAUACAUUUUUGCCGGUGGCUAUUGUUCAUUACCAAGGAUUUCACGACGAUUGAAUAGACUGGCGAAGAUAGAUAACUAUUGCAGAAGCUCUAAUGUCUUCAAGCAAUGCAAGUAAAUGUUAAAUCUCCGUAAACUUGUGAAGUACUACAAGUACUACAAUAAAUUAAACAUAAUUGUGUUAGUUAAAUAUUAAUCAAAACACUACCAAACUUCAACAUCAAUAUGAACAAGCCAAAACGGAUUGCAAAUGGAUGGAUACUGAUUUUUUUUUAAUAACAUCUAUUUUAUUCGGGCAAAAGUAACAAUUGCCGGCUAAACUGAUAUAUUAAAUUUUAUUUAUACAGUUGCCAGUAUUAAAUUUAUCAGAUACACCAAAGCUACAAUACGAGAAAAUCUAUAUUGGUAUUUAACGCGUUCCAAAUAAGCAUGGCAAAGAAAUUAUUAAAAUUAACAGUUUUAUAUAUUUUUUGUUUAGAAACAGAACAUUUAUACAUAAUCAAGUAGAACAAUAAACGCACUGAAUAUUUUAUGGUGUAAUAGAGAUAAACACAAUAUAACCUAUUGUAGAUCGAAAAUACUUGGAAAUUGCUACAAUAAUUAAAUGCUUUUUGAUUUUCUGCAGCAGUAAGUUUAUGCAAGACAAGAAUUAUAU